GAGACUCGGUGAUUGAUCGCGAUAGUCAGUGAGCUAGUGGUAUAAGUACCGCAGUGCGUCCCCGCAUCAGCGUCAGUCGGCACUUGCAGCCCUAGACGCAAGGAGCUAGUCAACCGGACUUUUCCCAUUUUUUUUUCUCGCCGGGGCCGCCUGCCAGUUUUCUAGUGUUAUAUUUCCCUUUCGAUCGCGAGGAAAAGUAGGAAGGGGUUGAAAGCGAAAGAACUGGUGUUCAGCUACAUCUUUCGAAACCGUCGUUCCUAACAACGAUGUUUUCAGCGAGCCAGAGUAGCUCUAUGUAUCAGCUGGCUAAGGCGGCAGCCGGCUCUCGUCCGGUACAGAUCUACCUCAGUCGCCUGACCUGCACGUCUAGCCCUAGCAAUGCGGCCCAGGCAGGGGUGUGUCCGAUGGCCAACCAUGACCUGGCGGACUCCAACACAGAUGUUGCUUCAUCGCCGCGCACUGCAGGGUCUACUACCGGGGCUAACGCGCUCUCCACGGCCAGACCUUACGAGGAGGUGCCUGGUCCAAAAGGAUUGCCGGUGUUGGGAUCCUUGUUGGAUUACACAAAACUCGGACAAUAUUCUUUGGAAAAGAUGCACGAAGCAAUUGUAGAUCGCUUCAAGAAGUACGGGCCGAUCUACAAAGAGAACAUUGCCGGGGCCGAAGCCGUUCACAUCCUGGACCCAAAAGACGUGGCCGACCUGUUCCGGAACGAGGGCAAAACACCGCGACGAAUCCUCAUGGAGCCCAUGGCAUUCUACCGGAAAAUCCGCAAAAAGAACGCCGGCAUCGCAAAUCUGCAAGGUGAACAGUGGCGAAAGUGGAGAAGCGCACUGCAACACAUCAUGCUCAAACCCAAGAGCGUUGCAGACUGGAUCCCGAACAUGGAGGCUUGCGCCAACGACUUCAUCACGUUGAUGGCGGCCCGCCGGGACGACAAAGGCGAGAUACCAGACUACCACGGCCAGAUCCACAAAUGGGCGCUGGAAUCUUCUUUCUCCAUCGUCUUCGGCAAGCGAAUCGGUUGUCUUGAUCCCAGCACCGACACUAACCCGGAGGCAGCAAGUCUCAUCUCCUCCACCAACGACUUCUUCACCGGUCUCUGCAACCUGACCUUUGGGUUCCCGCUCUACAAGUACGGCAUCCGGACCAAGACUUGGUCCAGGUUCGCCGACGCCCAAGACCUCCUCUACAACACUGCAGUAGAGUAUAUCAAGCAGUAUGUUGAGGAGAUGAACAACCGUGACGUCACAUCACCUGAAGCCAAUGAGAAUGAAUCGACAGAGCAAGCCACAGUGAUAGAUUACCUGUUAAGAAGAGGCGCACUUGAAUUUGAAGAUCUCUGUACUUUGACCAAUGAUCUGCUGUUGGCGGCUGUUGACACGACAUCCAAUCUCAUGGGAUUCUGCCUCUACUGCUUGGCCAAGAACCCGGAAGUGCAAGAACGACUCCACGAAGAGGUCAACAGAGUACUUCCGGCCGGGACGCCCGCAACGGCAGAAGCCCUACAGAACAUCCCCUACCUGAAGGCAGUUGUCAAGGAAACGACGAGAGUUUUCCCGCCCGUAGAUGGGACCAGCAGGAUAUCCAAUGACGACAUCACAGUAAGAGGGUACAGAAUACCAGCAAAUACAUUAGUACGGGUCCACUGUCUGUCCGGCCAGAUGCCCCAGUACUUCAAAGAGCACCAUAAAUUCAAACCAGAGCGCUGGAUGCGAGGACACGAGGGAUUCGAGGAUAUCGACCCAUUCUUAGUGCUUCCAUUCGGCACAGGAUCCAGGAUGUGUUUGGGACGUCGUCUGGCUGAACAAGAGGUCUACCUCUUGUUAGCGAGGAUUGUUCAGAAUUUCACCAUUGAGUGGCACCACGAAGACUUGGAUUAUUUGUUCCGUCUCACCAACGUCCCAAGUAGACCACUGGAGCUGACCUUUCUGGAACGCGCAUGAGCUGUGAACUCUGACCGCGCAUGACCUUUGACAUCGCAAGACAUGCGCAGUCACACGUAUUGGACUCUAACGAAGUGAAGCCACUGCCAUACCAAGUUCUACCGGUAUUUGCCAAAUUUAUCACAUCUCACAGGUUAAAUCAUUCUUCAGAAGAAUUAAGUAUCGAUAAUUGCCAAAAUAGUAACAGUGUCUGCAGAAAAGGCUUUUUUUUUUUAAAUAGUAUGAACCUGAUACCCUUAUCACUAGUAAUUUUGAGUUGCCAGUCCCCGUGAAAAAAAAGUUAUUACAAUGGAAAGCCAAAUGUAAGUUUAUUUUGAAAACACAUGUAUAUUGCAACAGGGAGUUUGCAUGAAAAUUCGUUGUCUGUGUUUGUAUUUGUACCCAAUGGUUUCGCGUUAAAUCCAUUCUGGUAAUUCGUGUUGUUUUGUAUACGUUGUAAUUUUAUGCAUUGAAACGAACAGUUAUUAAUUCCAAACUGCAAACAACUUUUUUGUUCUCGUAAUAAUUACGGUACAUGGUGCCGAUGAUGUCAUGACGGUAUUUCAGGUUCAGUUGUAACAUGAUCUUGACGAUGGGCUAUAGUACAUGAUUCAGUACAAGCCCGGAAACGGAAACUGUAUUACAGAAAAACUGACAAAUAAUCUGAUUAUCGGAAAGAAGCGGGUUCAGAUUUGAACUGUAUUCCCCCGUUUUUCCUUGCCUGUGUACAACGCUAGCCCCACCCUUCACCUUUCAUCGAUGUGUACAAUCAGAUACCUAACAAUGUAAAUAGUAUAAGACGUUAUCCGUUAAAUUUCUCCUUGUGUAAAAAAUGCAUAUAACAUGAUACUAAAGUAGUUUUCAAUAACUAUGUAUUCACUGUAAAUUAUGUACAUACUACCCGUAUGCCAGGAGAGUAUACCAAAUAAUAUUUUUUAUUAUUCUGUAAAUAUACUAUCAAUUCAAUCAUCGGUAUUGUAUUCAGUGUAUUCAAGAUUAUGAUAACAAUCAGUGCGGUGUUGUCUGUUUAAAAAAUCAGUUGGUGUUCCGUGUAAAUAAUGUUCAUUUACUUGCCACAUCGAACAACAAAAACCGACUACAAUUGUGAGUAAUAGCACGUGAUAGAGGGCGCUACACAAAACGGUCAGACGGGAAUGUACAUGUACAUAAAUGACAGGAGUGUGAAGAAUCACUCUUAUUAAUCUGCUCUCAAUUCGUUUCAUGUUUUUUUAUUUUGUGUAAUGUUAUUAUAAACAUUUUUCCUUCCAUUCCUGGUGUGCAUGAUAGCACAGGAUUAUCGCGUCAUUUCGAUGACUGCACCAUGUAUUUUAAAAUGUUAUUGAUUCUCAAUACUGCUGUGCUAUAGGAGGACAAUCGUGCUUUUGUUUUAUUAGCAAGCCAGUUCGGUAUUCCUACGGCGCAUGUGCGCUUCAAUAUUUGAUGAUUUCCUAAGGAAAUUCGUAAUUCCGAUUUUUUUUUCACACGGUAGUUUGCUAACUUCAUGCAAACUUUCUUCCUUUUGCUUGUACAGAAAUUGAAGAUCGCUGAUUCGAUUCCCAUUAUCCCAUUUGAAAGUGUGUACAUUUUGUUGAUUUGGGCCCAGUGAGUUGGAGCAGCAAAGCUGAAAAGCAAAUAUAUGUUGUUAGCAAAACUAAGCUGAAAACCAAUAAAUUAGAAUGUGAAGGCCUAUCACGUGCCAUUUCAGCUGGUAACCUGCAUUUGCUAAACAAAGGUUUCAGGUAAUUUCCAGGGGAAAAAAUCCCAAUUGAACUGCUUUCAACUCAACCAGUUUAACUAAUUUCAACUGGUAUACCAGUUGAACUAGAAAUUGGUGACUGGUUUUGAACUGGUUGAACUGGUUUUGAACUGGUUCAAUUGCAUGGCUUUGAACUGGUUGAACUGGUUUUGAACUGGUUUUUGAACUGCAUUGUUUUGAACUGGUUAAACUGAUUUUGAACUGUUUUAAUAGGUGUUGAACUGGUUUAACAGGUUUUGAACCAAUUGAACCAGUUAAAACCAGUCCAACCAGUUGAAAACCUGUUACGUUCACAAAUUACCAGUUGAACUGGUUUCAACUCGAUUUUGUUCCUGGGUUAGGCCUAAACAGCUCCAUGAGAUUUGCCUCUAAUGUGUUUAUCCCGAAGUGAAAAUCGUGAUAUUUUGAUGUGCGAAUGCGCAGUUAAAGAAAGGAAUACUGAACUGGCUUAUUAAAACCAGUGAUUUAAAGUCUUUGUUCAGGUGAGCACUUCAACCCGAUGAAGUUCAUUUACACUUUAAUAGUUCAUUGUUGACGGAGCCAUUGGGCAGUUCAUAAUUAUGGAUGAAUGCCAUGCUAUAAACGAGUCUGAUUCAUUAUUAGGCCUUCGGUGGAAAUUCAGGGUGACCAAAAAGCCACAGAGUCCGAGCAAGUUUUCUCUUAUUUAUCAUGCUUUGAGUUGAAAGGCUGUCUAAAACAUACAAACAUUUAUUUUCAAUUUAAUCCUGAUUGUAAGCUGCUAAAGUCGAACUAUACUCACUUAUAAGUACGUGUCGUAACUUGGCAGUCCAUUAAAACAUGUUUAUAAACCUGUAGAAUUUAAA